UUUAUUUUUCUUGUGUAAUCUUGAAUAACGUCGCAAUUAUUGAUAACAGUUUUGUUAAAGAAUUCAAAUUUCGUGGUUUUUUGUAUGUGGUGCCAUUUACGCUAGAUGGCAGUGCUAGCAAUUUUCGAUUUCGAGAUAACGAGUCAUGACACUGUGUUACUUGCUAAUAUAAGGUUAUUGUGUCAAAAUAGAAACAAUCGUCUAGUUUAAAUUAUUUACGGAGUGUUUAUUUAGUUAAAAUUGAUAACGAAAUGAAACCCACACUUGUAGCUGAUGAAAUGUUUCCGGACGGCGCCGGAUCUUACAUUGAAUUAGAGGAGGUCGGUGGCAGUCGCUUAUUAGUCGAUCUUACUGCAAGUGAAAAAGCAGUACAUGCAGACUUUUUUAAUGAUUUUGAUGAUCUAUAUGAUGACGAUGACCUUGAAUAAAAAUGUGUGAACUAUUAGAUUAUCAAUAACUAUCAUGGCCAUAAGUUACAUUCAAUUAAAACGUAUUUCUUGUUACAAAUUUGUAGUAAGUGAUGAUAAUAGAACAUAUGAAUCAUA